AUGCCGGGAGCGGCCGAGCACCGACACAACUCGCGACACCGAUGUCCGCGGCGCUUCGCGCUCCUCCCGGCGCGGGGCUCACCCCCGGCCGCCAGGUGGCGCGGGGAAAGAGCGGCCGCGGCGCUCUGCCCAUGCAACUCGCUGCCCCAUCGCAGCCUCCCCCAGGAUGCUCCGGAUCAGGAGUUGGAGCAGAGCCCGGAGUCCCCGACGUCGAGUGUGACCCCCAGUGAGGAGGAGAAGGAGAAGGAGGAAGCCACCCAGUGGGCGGUGGGAGCCGCCUGCCUGGCCGUGUGGUGGGGGGACGGGCUGCUGUACCCGGCCACGGUGCGGGCGCUGGACACCGCUGCCGGCACCUGCCUGCUGCGCUUCGACGGCUACGGCAACGAGGAGGAGCAGGCGCUGGCCGAUCUCCUGCCCCCCACACACCUGGGGGCCCAGGGGGUGGAAGACGGUCCCUGUGGGGAGCCCCGGAGGCCAAGACCUGUCCCAGCGUGGGAGCUGCCCCCGGGCAGGAGGAGGAAGAGCAGCAAGGGCGAGCGGGUGCCCCGCUCCUCCCAGGACCCCCACCUGCCGGGGCUGGUGCGUGGCGGCUCCGGGGGGCCCUUCCCGCGCUCCGCUGUGGAGCGGCACAUCCAGGGCUCCACACGCAUCGUCUCCGCCGGGAUCCGCUGGAUUCCGCCAGUGGAAUAUCCACAGCGGAUCAGGAAGGGCCCAAGGAAACGCGGAUCCGCCGGCCCCGCGGCGUUCGGCUCACGGCCAGCACCGGGCUCGUGGUGUCCCUCUUGCGCCGUGGGAACGGGCAGGCUCUGUCCCCGCUGCUGCGGGGUGUCCCCCGGGGUCCCCGGGUGCUGGGCCGGGCGUCAGCCCUCGCUCCCCGCAGGUCAGCGGACCCUCCACCACCGGGGCGAUGUGCUGGAGACCCUGGUGCUGCUCAACCCUUCGGACAAGUCCCUGUGCGACGAGCUGCGAAACCUCGUCACGGACGUGUCCCAGCACAAGCUGCUGGUGUUCGCGGGGCCCUGCGUGGAGGAGACGGGCGAGCUGAUGCUGCAGACGGGCUGCUUCUCGCUGCGGGACUUCAUCCAGAUCUUCACGGACAAGGAGGUGGGAGAGAUGCUGAGCUCCGCUGACCCCUCUGCCAAGGCCCGGCUGACCAUCAGCUGCCCUGACUUCGGAGAGUGGAAGGACUCGGCUCUGGACCAUCACAACCUCCAGGACUUCAUCGAGCUGCGCUACAACCCGGGCUGCAUCCUGCCGGAGAUGGAGGGGCUGGAGGAGUUCCUGGAGUACCUCUCGGAGUCCCUGGAGCCCCAGUCCCCGUUCGAGCUCCUCGAGCCUCCCACCAUGGUCGGCUUCCUCAAGCUCUCCAAGCCCUGCUGCUAUAUCUUCCCGGGUGGGAGGGGGGACUCGGCCUUCUUUGCGGUCAACGGCUUCAACGUGCUGGUGAACGGCGGCUCCAACCCCAAGUCGUCCUUCUGGAAGCUGGUCCGGCACCUGGACCGCGUCGACUCCAUCCUGGUGACCCACGUGGGCACCGACAGCCUGCCCGGCAUCAACAGCCUCCUGCAGAGGAAGCUGGCGGAGCUGGAGGAGGACCCGUCGCAGGGCUCGCAGGGCGACUGGGCCAAGAACCUCAUCUCCCCGGAGCUGGGCGUCGUGUUCCUCAACGCCUCCGAGAAGCUGAAGGACAUCGAGGGCAACUCGCAGGUGCUGAAGAGCUGCGACGAGGCCGCCCUCACCCUGCACUACCUGGACAAGCUGGGCAUCCGCCCCAACCCGCUGGCCCGGGAUAGCUCCCCCCGCGUGGAGCCCACUGUCCUCUUCCAGAAAAUGGGAGUCGGCCGGUUGGACAUGUACGUCCUGAACCCCGUGAAGGGCACCAAGGAGCUGGAGUUCCUCAUGCAGCACUGGUCGGGCAACAGCUACCCCAGGGAGCAGGACUUGCCCUUGCAGUGUCUGACCUCCAUCUGCGCCCUGCUCGUGUGGCACCCCGUGAGCCCCUCCGAGAAGAUCAUCCGGGUGCUCUUCCCCGGCUGCACCCCGCAGGCCCGCAUCCUGGAGGGGCUGGAGAAGGUCAAGCACCUGGAGUUCCUCAAGCACCCCGUGGUCACCAAGAACGACUUGAAGGGGCUGUCUGCACCCCAGCCCGAGAAGCAGCUCAAGCAGAAGAGGGCUGAGAGCAGGGAGAGCCUGAAAUCUGCUUCCAAGCUGAGUCUGGUGGACGCUGGGACACCAGCGCCAAAGGAAAAGGCUCUAAAGACAGAGAGGAAGGAGGUGAAGUCGGGGACCAAGGAGAAACCGAAAUCUCUGGGGGAGGCAACUAGAACAGGGUCGGAAGAGGAGAGAGCCAAGGAUGCUCGAGCCAAGCUGGACUCCUCAAUGGAAAAGCUCAAAGUGGAUGCGAAACUGAAGGUGAGUAAAGAGAAAACGUUGCCCAAGAAGGAACCUCUUCCCCGAAAAGAAGAGAAGAAGCCGGUGAAGAAGGAAGAUGGGACUGAGGUGAAGGGUGAAACCAGGAAGGAGGUGAAGACAGUGAAGAAGGAAGUGAAGGCUGAUACGCUGCGAAAGGAUGUGAAGGACAGCAAGGCCGAGAGCAAAACUGCUGCAAAACCCCCAGCCCGGAAAACGCCCGUCCCGGACACCCGCAAACCCUUGGCCAAAACCGGGAGCAUGAAGAAAUCCACCCUCAAGAAGGAGCCAGAGAAGCCCAAGGCCAAAGCGCCCAAGGAGCCGGGUGGCAAGAAGGAGCCGGGGGCCUCGGACGGCUCCAAGCCGUCCUCCCCCGAGGACCUGCUGCCGGAGUCCGAGCAGGGCCGGGGGGCCGCGUCGCCCGGGGCGGAGGGGAGGAGGAAGGAGGACUCGACGGAUGAAGGCAUCACCACGGCGGAGAGCGAGCUGGAGCCGUCCCCGCCGGAGAGCGGGGCGCGCGCGGAGCUGGGCUGCGUGGAGAACGGCCUGGAGGAGCCCGACAGCCCCCAGCGCUUCCGCUACCUCGAGAGCAGCCCCUUGAAGGCCCUGGGGCCCCCGUCGCCCCUGGCCAAGACGCCCAGGAGCGAACGCAGUGUCAACUUCGACCUGACGCCCACCGGGCUGCUCAACCACUGCCCCGAGGGCGGCGAGGACCCUUGCGGCAGCUCCGAGGAGGAGACCCUGGAGAUGAUGUCCCCGGCCAGCUCGGGGCCCGCCAACCUCCCCCCGGCCCCGGGGGGGGGAGGCGUGCGCUCCCUCUGCUACGUGGAGAGCGGCGACGACCACCUCAAGGAGGGCGUCAUGAGGAGCAUCCUGGACGCGCUGCUUGCCGGCAAGCACCAGUGGGGCACCGACAUCCAGGUGACGCUGAUCCCCACCUUCGACUCGCUGGUGAUGCACGAGUGGUACCAGGAGACCCACGAGCGGCAGCAGGAGCUGGGCAUCACGGUGCUGGGCAGCAACAGCACCGUGGCCAUGCAGGACGAGACCUUCCCCGCCUGCAAGGUGGAGUUCUGAG